GGAUAAGUUUUUAGCCAUAAAAAAACCCUAAUCCCCCGUGAUUUCCCCCGGCCCAAAUUAUUCUCCCGAGAAACAAACAUAUAUUGCUAGAAAUACAAGAGAUAGAGAGAGAGGAGAAAAAAAAUACAGAAAUAGCAGAAAAUGUAACCGGAUAAUUUUUUCUCUUUUUUUUUUCCCCAAAAUAUCUUUAUUUCUUGGCAAAAAUUAAAAAAAAGGGAAAAAAAAGUAAGGCACAGUGUAAUUUACAUUUUAAAAAAAAAAGAUAUUUUUACAGGUUCUUAAUCCAUUUCACUCGUUAUCUUCUUUCCUCGGUUCUUCCUCUGCCUACCACCAACCAAUUUAAACAUUUCUCCUUAUCGACUAUUCCGCCGAGAACAAGCAAAUUAAGGGCGGACGAAAUUACAGUUUUGGAAGAAAUCUUUUUUAACCAUUGUGUUGGGCAAAUCUUCACUUUGACAGUCAACAAUUCGUCCGAUAAGCUAAGAAAAUAGUUAGUUUUCCAAACUUAUCUAGACGGAACUCAAACUAAAGAGCAGCUCUCUAGACAAACGCAGAUGACCGUACAGCUAUCAGGACUGUGGUUACCCUGUCCGAAAAUCCCCACUCACUGCAUUCAACGCCGAACCUCUUCUGACCCAAACCCCAAACUUUCUCCUAUAAAAACAGGUAUCUCAGCCGCCGCUUCUCUCUCCUCGCCUCCACCCACCAUCCAGAUUGUCGGUGGAAAAACUCCGAGGUGGCGUGAAAAUGAGAGUGUCCAUGACGCGGUUGAAGAUAAAAUUGACUGGGCUGAAAUGGAUGCUGAUAUUUACUACUGGACCAGGGCACUGCGUCCAGUCCAGUGGUAUCCUGGUCAUAUUGCAAAAACAGAAAAAGAACUAAAAGAACAACUCAAGUUGAUGGAUGUUGUUAUAGAAGUGCGAGAUGCUAGAAUUCCUUUGUCUACUACUCAUCCACAGAUGGAUUUAUGGCUCGGUAAUCGAAAGAGGGUUUUAGUUUUAAACAGAGAAGACAUGAUAUCCACUGGAGAUAGGAAUGCUUGGGCGAUGUAUUUCUCAAGGCAGGGAAUAAAGGUCGUCUUCUCGAAUGGGCAACUUGGAAUGGGGACUAUGAAGCUAGGUCGGUUGGCAAAGUCUUUAGCAGCAGGUGUAAAUGUUAAACGCAGAGCCAAAGGACUCCUUCCUCGUCCGGUUCGAGCUGGAAUAGUUGGGUAUCCGAAUGUUGGGAAAUCAUCUUUGAUCAACCGUUUGCUGAAACGAAGAUUGUGUCCAGCUGCUCCUAGACCUGGUGUUACAAGAGAACUGAAGUGGGUUCACUUUGGGAAAGAUCUUGAGUUGCUGGACUCUCCUGGAAUACUUCCAAUGCGAAUUAGUGAUCAAGCAGCUGCAAUAAAGCUUGCCAUUUGUGAUGACAUUGGAGAGAGGUCCUAUGAUGUUGCUGAUGUUGCAGCCAUUCUUGUGCAGAUAUUAGCAAAGCUUCCAACAGUAGGGAUGGAAGCUCUUGAAAACCGCUACAAGGUCGAUGUGGAUGUUCAGUGUGGUAAAAUAUUUAUUGAGAAGGUAGCCCUUCGCUUGUUCAAUGGGGAUGUCCACCAAGCAGCAUUCCGUGUCCUGUCUGAUUUUCGGAAAGGGAAGUUUGGUUGGGUUGCACUGGAGAGACCUCCCAGAUAAUGAUGUUCAAUGUAUGUCUCUGACACCAGCUAUUAGAAACAAACAUCAGAAACUUAUGGCAUUUUGAUGUGGGAAAAAUGAGGUGCCAUAGAGAGGAUACAGCUUUAUAUUAGUGGAAAUGAUAUUCUAACAGGAUUGAUUAAAUAGAGGAGAUGCUGCCGGUGACUUUGUGAAUGGCCUAAAACUGCAAAUUGAAAAUAUAGAUUCAUGUAGUGUAAGAUUGGGCUUUCAAUUUUGCAGCCUUUGCUAUAAUUUGUACUCUUUAUCUCAAUAUGUAUAGGAAUUACAGUUUACAUGUAAAUUAUUCCUCUCUAAUCACAAGAACUCUCUAUAGCACACUUUUUUUACCAUUUACAUGUAAAGAUAAAUUAUUUAUUUUCAAACAAAAAUCCAAAAAUAGGCCCAAACCUUAAGAUAAGGCUGAAGCCCAAAAGAAAGCCCAGAACUGUUUAGGGCAAAAUAAACCAGGGGCUAAUUAAUAAUUUACAUUGAAAUCGAAAGCGUAAAUGCUACGCACCUUUUGGCUCCCCAGUACCAAAUAACAAUUUUUGUUUUUAAGUAAAAAAAAAA